GCAGGGUGUCCGGCCCUGAAUGUGCGUGGCAGACGGAGCGGCGGUGAAUACAACGGCGUUGGGUGGGGAUCCGCCAGAGCAGACGAGUGGUGCCGGGACGGGGACCCACGGGGAUGGAGGCGGUCAUGGAGGGAGAGGAGCGAGCUGUUAUGUGCAGGAUGGGGAGACUGCAGAGGAGUCUUGGGGUGGGGAUGUCUAUGCUUGGGAUAGCUUGACGAAGCCUUGGAGCUUUGGGAGUAAAGGGGGGAGCACGAGCUUGGAGAUGGAUUAUGGAGGAGGAGGAGGAGGGAGGAUAAUGAUGGUGGUUAAGGAUGUUCUUGAGGUGAAUGGGGUGAUUAGUGCUGACGGUGGAGAUGGUGGGUGGAUGGGCGGUGGUGGAUCAGGCGGGAGCAUCCAUAUCAUAGCUAACAAAUUGACCGGAAAUGGCAACAUAUCUGCAUCAGGGGGCAAUGGCGUGGCAGGGGGAGGAGGUGGGCGAGUUGCUAUUGACAUUUUCAGCAGGCAUGACGAGCCAAAAGUUUUUGCUCAUGGUGGAAUAAGUCAUGGCUGUCCUGAGAACUCUGGUGCCGCAGGGACCCUUUAUGAUGCAGUUCCUCGGAGUCUUAUCAUUUGUAAUAACAACUUGUCCUCUCAGACUGAUACACUUCUUCUUACAUUCCCUAAUCAACCACUUUGGACGAAUGUUUUUGUAAAAAACCGAGCCAAAGUUGAUGUUCCAUUGCUUUGGAGUCGUGUACAGGUCCAAGGACAGCUUAGCCUGUUGUCUGGCGGAGUGAUGAAUUUUGGUCUGAAACACUAUCCCUUCUCAGAAUUUGAGCUUAUGGCAGAAGAACUUUUAAUGAGCAACUCAGUAAUCAAGGUAUUUGGAGCUUUACGAAUGUCUGUAAAGAUGCUAUUGAUGUGGAAUUCCAGAAUGGUAAUCAGUGCUGGUGGAGAUUCACUAAUUGCUACUUCAAUACUUGAAUCUAGCAAUUUAGUAGUUCUGAGGGAGUCAUCAGUAAUACAUUCAAAUGCCAAUCUCGGAGUAGUAGUGCGCUUGGGUGCCAUGAUUUCUCUGUCNNNUCCUGGAGAUCUGAUAGAAGCACAACACCUAGUUCUAUCGCUUUUUUAUAGUAUUCAUGUGGGAACUGGCUCAGUUUUACGUGGUCCCCUAAUAAAUGCGAGUGAUGAGAUGGCCCCAAGGCUUGCUUGCGAACUCCAAAAUUGUCCAGUGGAGUUAAUUCAUCCUCCUGAAGAUUGCAAUGUGAAUUCUUCAUUAGCUUUUACUCUUCAGAUUUGUCGUGUUGAGGAUAUUGAUGUUGCUGGCCGUAUUGAGGGAACUGUCAUUCAUUUCAACAGGGCAAGAUCUGUUGUGGUACAUCAUCUAGGGAUGAUCACUGCAUCUGGAUUUGGUUGCAAAGGUGGGGUUGGUAGUGGGAAGGUUUUAAGCACUGGUCUCGGUGGUGGUGGAGGGCAUGGUGGUAAAGGUGGAGAUGGUUUCUACAAUGGAAGCUUUGUUGAGGGUGGUAUUGCUUAUGGAAGUGCUGACUUGCCAUGUGAACUUGGCAGUGGCAGUGGUAAUGACAGUGUGGCAUCUGCAACUUCUGGUGGAGGCAUCAUAGUUAUGGGUUCAUUGGAGCAUGCAUUAUCAAGUUUAAUUGUAUAUGGGUCAGUGGAAGCUGAUGGUGAAAGUUUUAGUGGAAAUGGCUUUCAUGAUGAAGCUGUUGCUAAUGGAGGGCCUGGGGGUGGAUCUGGGGGUUCGAUUCUUUUGUUUCUGAGUUAUUUAACUCUUGCUGAAGGUUCUGUUCUCUCAAGUGUUGGGGGCGUUGGAAGCCGUUAUGGUGGGGGCGGUGGCGGUGGUGGGCGGAUUCACUUACAUUGGUCUGAUAUCCCCACAGGGGAUGAAUAUCUCCCUGUUGCAAGCAUAAAUGGAAGUAUAAGUACAAGGGGUGGCUUGCACAAGGAACAAGGUUUUGCUGGAGAAAACGGGACGGUAACUGGAAAGGAUUGCCCCAGAGGGCUUUAUGGAAUCUUUUGCAAGGAAUGUCCAGUGGGAACGUUUAAGAAUGCUACAGGAUCUGAUCGCUCUCUUUGUCAUCAGUGUCCCUCUUAUGAGCUUCCUCAUCGCGCAAUGUAUAUUACUGUCCGAGGAGGUGUAUCUCGGACCCCUUGUCCAUAUAAAUGUGUAUCUGAAAGGUAUCGCAUGCCACACUGUUAUACUGCUAUCGAGGAGUUGAUUUUCACUUUUGGUGGGCCAUGGCCUUUUGGUCUUCUGCUCUUGAGUCUUCUUGUCUUGCUAGCUUUAGUUAUGAGUGUAGCACGAGUGAAAUUUGUUGGUGGGGAUGAAUUGCCUGGCCCCGCUCCCACACAGCAUGGGACUCAAAUUGAUCACUCGUUCCCCUUUCUGGAGUCACUGAAUGAGGUUAUGGAAACAAAUAGAGUGGAGGAGUCCCAGACCCAUAACCAUAGGAUGUACUUCAUGGGAUCAAAUACAUUCAGCGAGCCUUGGCAUCUCCCACAUUCUCCCCCAGAACAAGUUGUUGAGAUUGUAUACGAAGAUGCUUUUAAUAGAUUUGUUGAUGAAGUUAAUGUACUAGCUGCUUAUCAGUGGUGGGAGGGAUCAAUUUACGGCAUUCUGUGUAUACUUGCAUAUCCCUUUGCUUGGUCAUGGCAGCAGUGGCGGAGAAGAAAGAAGUUGCAACGUCUUCGUGAGUUCGUGAGGUCAGAGUAUGAUCAUGCAUGUUUGCGCUCUUGUCGCUCACGUGCUCUCUAUGAAGGGCUUAAGGUGGCCGCAACCCCAGAUUUAAUGCUAGCAUAUGUUGAUUUCUAUCUGGGUGGAGAUGAAAAAAGACCUGAACUUCCUCCUCGCCUUUAUCAAAGAUUUCCAAUGUGUAUAAUCUUUGGUGGUGAUGGAACUUACAUGGCUCCUUUUUCACUACACAGUGACAAUGUCCUCACUAGUCUUAUGAGUCAGUGUGUUCCACCAACCAUAUGGUAUCGCCUAGUGGCUGGAUUAAAUGCUCAUCUGCGUCUUGUUCGUCGUGGAUACCUAAGAUUAACACUUCUGCCUGUCCUCAACUGGCUUCAAACUCAUGCAAAUCCUGCUCUGAGCUCGCAUGGUGUAUGUGUUAAUCUUGCCUGGUUUCAGGCUACUGCUUCUGGCUAUUGCCAGUUUGGUCUUGUCGUAUCCACUGUGGAAAAAGAGUCUGUAGCAACAACUGUUGAUGGUGCAGGGACUUUAAUAAACAUUGAUCAACUUUCCCAAAUAUGUAACACCCGCAGGGAUGGUCAAGCAUGCUUUGAAAAUAGGGAAGUUGUCUUGCGUCAAAAGAUUAAUGGAGGCACUUUAGAUAGUUACAGCCUGCGGAUGCUUGAAGACAGGAAAGAUAUCCUGUACCCGUUCUCACUCAUAGUGCACAACUCUAAACCUAUUGGGCAGCAGGACCUUGUUGGGUUGGUCAUCUCCAUAUUGCUUUUAGGGGAUUUUAGCUUAGUAUUGCUUACUUUGCUCCAAUUAUAUUCCUUUUCUUUAGCAGACGUCUUCUUAGUGUUAUUUAUUCUACCGCUGGGUAUACUUUCACCAUUUCCUGCUGGAAUCAGUGCACUUUUUAGCCACGGACCUCGAAGAUCAGCAGGGCUCGCGCGUGUAUAUGCUUUAUGGAAUACAACUUCUUUGAUUAAUGUUAUUGUGGCUUUUAUGUGUGGAUUUAUACAUUACAAGUCGUCAAGCCGAAAGCAUUCAAGCCUGCAGCCGUGGAGUCUGGGCGCGGAUGAAAGUGGCUGGUGGCUAUUUCCUACUAGUCUUUUGUUAUGUAAAUGUAUCCAAGCUAGACUUGUUGACUGGCAUGUUGCUAAUUUGGAGAUCCAGGAUCGAUCUUUGUAUAGUAAAGAUCCAAACACAUUCUGGAAGUCAUAACAUAUUUAAAGUGAAUAAUAUCAUUAGUCAGGCGCAACUCAAUUUUUGAAGGAGUUGGAGAGGAGCAAGAUAAGCCGGGAAGGAUAAAGGGAAACAAAAGAGGGGAAAAAAUGAGGGAGAUGGCCUUUAUUUGUGCGCCAGGCCCUCUUCUCUUAACGUUUUUUUUUUUUACAGUCACAGUUUCCACUUAUGUACAUAAGAUGUAUUGAACUCGUUCUUUGUAGAGUAGCAAGUGGUAAUAAUGUAUAAAAGAACUGAUGCUAACGAGAUAUUUUGGAAGUUUUGAUUGCAACGCUGUACCAUGUCAAGGUUAUCUUGUGAAUUUUCUUGCUCCAACUUUUUCAAGUUCGAUAGCAAGUUUGGUGAUAGCUCUUCAUUGUCCGUUUUAUGUGACUACA